AAUUUCAAUUCAGUUCGCGCUCAACUCACAGACACGAUGGUCAUGCAAACGCGUUAACCAAAUAAAAAAAAAUAUAUUUUAAAUAAUAAACACCCUUAACUAUGCACUAAACCACGUACUAAACUAAACACAAACGAACUGUAAAUAAUUGUGUAAAUAAGCAAAAAAAAAAAAACAUAAACAAACAUCAAAGGGAAAUACUCGUAGAAAGACCGCUCAAGUUCCCAUACAUUGAGCUGGCCAAUUGUGUUUGAAAAUAUUUGUUUGAUCGAUUUUGUGUGUGAACACCUUGUGAAGGCAUUCGUAAGACCUAUUGCCAUAGCGAGCAAAGUGUGUUAAGCAGGGAAACACCCUCUCAAAAGUUUAUAUAUCUACCACUAUAUCAACAACCCCCUUCGAUCGGGUUAACCUACCACAAAGUUCAAUAUAUACACCACUUCCUUUCUAAGUUUGUGUUUACGUGCUGCUGACUAAUUGCCUUUUAUAUAGCCCGACUAUAUAAAACUGUACAAUAAGACACGGCCAACUCUUUUAAGUUCAACGCCUGAGUUAAAGCUGCAGAAUUGCUUCGCUCUCCAGUGAAGUUCUAGAUUUUCGCGGCGAAAACGUUUUUCAAUUAAUUUCCAUUAAAGUGAGAAAGUCUCGAGAACGGCUUCUUUUUCGGUUUCUAAUUGAAGACAAUUGCUUGCACCAGACCCAUAAAAAGUGAACUGCAUUCCAAGUAGAGCAAAACAGUAACCACUUCAUCAUCUCAACAUCGUCAGAUGCUGCAUAAUUAGCAUUCGUUUGUGUGUGUGUGUGUUUGGAGCGACGAGAAAAACGGAAAAUGUAUCUCAUACAGACUGUUCAAACCACUUGGCGGCCUCAGUUGCCGCUGCCCCGGGAGCUUCAGCUGACCAAUGACCGGAACAGCGCCGACGACCACGAUUCGAAGGUGAUCACGACCACCACUACCACAGCGGACAUCCAUCAUCACAAUCAGGAGGACGAGGAGGAGGAGGAUAUGGAUAGGCUAAGGGGCAAUCACAGCAUAGGAGGAUCCUCGCAACAACUUUCCGGCAAACAGAAAUGGUCUUUCGGCAGGCUCUUCCGCAAGAAGAAGGAGGCUGAAAGUGCCUCCUCCAGCGAGGAGGAUCGCAAAGCUGGUUUUGUGCCCGCCCAGCGUCAGUCGGCCAGCAAGCCAAAGGGUAAACAUGGCAAAGGAUCGCGAGGUAGCAGCAAGUUCGAUCACAUCGUGGUGAGUCCGCGGCAAGAGCAGCCUCCACCACAUCCUCCGCAACCGCAGCUCGACAACGAGUUCUUCCUGCCCUUGGAGACCAUUCAACCGGAACCCUACUACCAAAAUCAACCUGGCUAUUACCAGCGCUCCAGCAACUCCCUGGACAGGAGAUUACUCCUGCAGCAACCUCCUGGUGCUCAGGGAAAUGGUUACCAGCAGCAUAAAUCCCGCUCGGCGCAACGAGGCCCAAAGCCACCAGGAGCUCACUCCAGCGAAGAGGAACUGAUCUCGUUGAACUCCUCCACGUUUUCCAAGUACCGCAGCGACGAGAGCAUCCAUUUAGGUUCCGCGGCUGGGCAAAGUCGACGCAGUCGAGCAGCUCGCAAUGAGAGGUACUACAAGAGAUUGUCCCGAGAUGGCGAGCCAAGUCAUGGCGGAGUACCAGUUGUUAACCAGCAGCAGCGGUACAAAACCCAGCCACUGCCUUUGUCCAUCUACCAACCAACGAAUGCCUCCAGUGGCUAUGUGCAGUGGCAACCGCAGCCACAGAAGAACCUUCAGAAUGCGAUGCAGAGCGAUGGAAAGCGAAGCAUCAGCUACGACAGUCACAUCCAUCUGCAGAAUAUGAAUGGGAGGAUGCAGAGUAAGCCAUUGCCACCACCACCGCCACCCAGGGAUCCUCUGAGGAGGGUGCAUGUCGGUGGCUCCGGGCAGAUUGGUUCCAGUUCGGGAGACCUGCGACCCGUGUCCUACGCCUUCGACCACAACAGUCGUUGCGCCUCUGAUGAUCGUAUUUGGCAGCCACCUCACUACCAGUCGGUGCACUCGCUCAACUCCCAGCCCAGCUCCUCGAUAGUCAGUGCUCCUGUGAGUCAGCAGCAGCCGCAUCACAGGAGAUUCAUAACGCGCUCUGAGAGGAAUGCGAAUCCUGGCAAGCAAUCCCUGCCCAAUGGCAUUGAUUUCCACUAUGUGGCAGAUGCAACACCACGCUCCAGGAAGCCCAUACACAUGAUGGAACCAGGCAGGGUGGACAAUACGGGAGUUCCAGCAUCCAGUGGAAUAUUGCGAACCUCUAAGAGUGGUCUUCCAACGCCGAAUCCCGCUCCCCAGCAGCCUUUGACCAAACCGCGAUCUUUCUCCAGCUCGCGACUGAGUGAACUGAGGACUUACCCCAUGCCCAUGUACUCCGAGGUGCAGAAACCAAAAAGGAAUCCGCCACCGACUAAUCCUUCGCCCAAUCAGGAUAACAUUGUUUGCGGAAGUCUCCACAUUAAACCCACCCAAGAACGGGGUAACCAAAACUUUGUAGAGAUCCGCCACCGGGAUGUUCAGAAGACCAACUCGAUGCCGCAUCAUUAUCAGAACAGGCGAUCUGGCGAGGAUUUGCCCAACAAGUACGAGGAGUAUGUGGCAGAGAAGAGGGAGCAGCAUCAACAAGCACCUCCACCAGUUUAUCCGGAGCGUAAAAUGAGCACGCCAGCUGUGGCGCCACCGCCACCUGUCUACUUCCCCCGCAAAAAGCCUGCGAAUUUGGAGGAGGCCAUCAACGAACUGGAGGCCAUUUACAAAUCCCUGGGCCUAACAGAACCAGCUGAAUUCAAGCCGGAACCCAAGCUGGAUAUGGUCUCCAAGAUGCGAGUUCCCACGCCCAGUGACUUUGAGAAGUUCGCCUUGGCGCAUGCUGAUGACUACGAGGAUGAAGAUUCGCCAACCGGAGAACCUGAUCCAGUCAGAGAUGACGUGGCCUUCAGGAACCUACAGUUGGCCAAUCUCCAACAUCGUUCCUCGGAGAAGCAGCCACCAUUUGGCAUCCCAGUGGGACCCAUAGUGCCUGCUCCGCAGUCCGAUUAUCUUCAUGUGGAGCCAGUGAGGGUGAAGAAGAAGACUGGCUCUCCUGACAUCAUUAAAGAUGAUCUGGCUGUGCGUUCCUUGAGAAAAGAUCCACCUGGUCCCAAAUCCAGCUUCGUCUAUCCCAUGCAGAAGAAGCAGAGGGCCAUAAGAACCCAAUCAGCGAACAUCUACAACCUGAUCCAGAGAGAUGCGGCGAAACCUUCUGGCGGGGAUCUCAAUAGCUACAUUGAGCUGUCCCGCAACCUGGAGAGAGCUGGCAGCAUGUCCAAUCUGCAGGGUGACGGUGGCAGUGAUACCAAAGAUGUGCCCGCCACACUGGAUCUCCUCCGUAAGCUGAAAGCCCAGGAUGAGGAGCUGGAUUUGGCUAGGAAGCAUCAUCCCAUCCCCUUCAGGCAUCCAAGCCAGGGAGGAGCUAUUUCCCAACUACCAGAGCGACUGACCAAAGAGGAUGCACCCAGAACAGCGCCUGUGCCUGCUCCGCGAAAGAGCUUGUCCCCGGAGCCCAUGAUGGAUGAUGCUCUCAACAAGAUUGCCCAGGAUGCGCAGGCCAGCAGCAUUAAACUGAGUCAGGAACUCCAUGAACUCCGCAAGGAGGCUUUGAUCACAGCUGCCAGGCCCAAGUUGAAUGCAGAACAACAGAGAUUGGAGGAUGAACUGCAGCAGAUUGAAGCUGUCUCCGAGGCAGCCAAGCGAUGUGGCCAAAUGCUGCUGGAAACUCUGCCAGAUGCCGGACAAGAGGAUCAGGAGGCUCAGGAUAAGCCUCUAAGGAAGCUACACAAAGAGGGCAAACUUAUCCGGGCUAUCGACGAGGUCUCUGAGGCGGCAAAUGCAGUCUGCGAGAAGAUCCUCAAAGACAUAGUGACCACGGAGCCACCGGUGGUUGUACAAGAAGCUCUGCAGGUCAAGCAGACCACAAUGACAGGAGCCGGAGGCGAGCAACUGGUGAUGCCGCACCUCAUCAAGAAACUGGAUCCCAUACAAUCCGACAAGAUCGAGCACAUAGCCAGGCGUUGCAUGAGGCAGCUCAGCGAACUGGCCAACAAUCCGGAUUAUGACAACCUGGCCAACUGUAAUAUGAGCAACAGCACCACCAAUGCAACGGGCGGUGCAGCCGCUGAUGCCACUCUCGUUUGUCCCGUUCCAGAGAAUCACGCGAAGAGCCAGACGCUCGAGGAGAUUGACAAGAUCAUGCAGGAGUGCGAGCGUCAGGCGAAGAGCAGCAGCUCAACCAACACCACCACCGAUGACCAGCGUACCACAGCCCCCAGUCUGACGAGUGGGAGUGGCAGCGGCAGCGGGAGCUUCCCACCCAAUGUGAGCACCACCGCCAGUUCGUUCAGUUCGAGCAGCGACUGUUUGGCCAAGUCGUCGAGUCCAUCGCGCGCCAGCCGUCCGCUCUCCUCGAGCAUCACCUCCUUCAAUCCGUACUCCUCCAGCGACUACAUCAAGUCGCAGAGCAGCGAUUGCCAUGCACCCAGCACCGAUCCGAUCAAGACCUUUAGCACCACCUCGUACGAGGGGCAGUCCACACCGCAGAGCACUACCAUUAGCACCAACACGAUGAGCACGAGUCAGAGCAAUACGAUCAGUAGCACCACUAAUCCGAGUACGGAGUCCAAGCCAACCGAUUCCUCGGGCUCGCCACCACCGCUUCAGUUGACCCCAGUGGGUGAGCGGAGGGGCAGGAACCGGGAGAGAGGAGCCUCCUGCUCCUCCACAUCCUCACCAUCGCAGUACAACUCCAGCGAGGAGCUGGCCGCCAUUUUUGGCAUCGAGGAGCAACCGAAACAGCAGCAUCGCAGCCGGCUGACGCAUAAUGCCACAGAAACCAUUGCGGCCUCAAGUGACUUAUCCACAGCAUCUGCCACUGCCAAAACUAGCUGCCAGCCACCUGAGCCACAGAAACCGAAGCAACCGAAAGAGCAGACCAACAACUCGGAGGAUUCCAGUUCGCAGAAGAGUCUCCCAGCCCAGUCGUAUCGUGGCCAGCAUCCUCACUUCUAUCACCACACCACACCCGCUUACUACACGGAUCUUCAGCUCAGGAUCCACACGCCGAAUGCAUCGGAUGUCGGAGCCCUGAAUGAGAACUAUCGGAGUGUGUAUAGUACACCCAGUACACAGCUGGUGGAGCAGCGUUCGUUUCCGAAGAGCACCACAGCUACGAAGGAUCCACCUCUGCCCAUAAGUAAUCCGGCCAGGGGAACGUUUUUUCGUGGCGACUCUGCGUCCAGCGACAGCCACACAAGACUCCGCCGGAGCCAACAGCGAACCGGCAGCGAGGGACGCUUCUUCAGAUACUCUCAGGGAUCUGCGAGCCCUACCAAAGGUGAACCAUCCGGCCACGAAGGUGGUGAGCCACCCGUUGUCGCCAGUCACUCCCCCAUCACAUCCACCAGCACCACCACCAUCAGUAGUUGUAACCCCGUAGAGCAGGCUAGUCCAACACCCGUAGUUAAUCCCAACGUUUCCGGAUCCGGAUCUGUAUCCGGUCGUACCAGUCGACACAAGCAGCGCUUCCACAGUCGCUCCCGGCGAGCGGUACGCGUGCGCAGUGAGUCGCGUCCAAUUAGCGCCCUCUACGACAUAAUAUGCAAGGAGAAGAACCUGGACAACAGGAGCAGCAGCAGCAGCAGCAGCAACGAGCAGGAGAAGGGUCUGGAUCAGGAUCGGGAGCAGCCUAAGCCAACAACCGACAAGCUGGCGACCUUUUGGCCCCUGCAGCAUCACUACCUCAAUCCCCCGAUGAGCAGCAACUCGGGCGGCACUGGCAGCAAUCCCAAGCAGCAGCAGCAGCAAUCGCAGCAACACCUUGUGGCUGAAGCAACUGCAAGCAAGGAGUUGCCGGCGGGCAGCAGCAGCAGCAGCGAUGACGAUGGAUCGCUGCGGGCCCUGCACUCUAGUCGCAAGAUCACCAAUCUGAGUGCCAAGGCCACGUCGCUGCCCCCCGAAGAAGGAAUCCCGGAAGACGUAGCCCGGCGGUCCUCCUCCAAGCGACUGAAUCUGCGAUUAGCCAAGAGCCUGGAACCCUCAACCCGUACUAUUCCUAGAUCGGCUUCCCAUGAUGUCAAAAACUAUGAUGCUGGGGAACCAGUGAACACGGAACGAUUAUUUGUGGAACCCCCCAAGAUAUCAUUGUCAGCCAUUAGAAACACCCUCUACGACCAUAAUCUGGAAAUCGAAGACUGCGACAGCACCACCCAGCUCGAUCAGGGUGAUGUCUACGAUACUCUGGAACGCUGGAGCCAUGGGAUCGGUUCGGUGCCGCAGCUAGUGAACGGAGCCAAUGGCCACCAUCAAUCAGAUCCCGAAGCUGACCACCAACCCGAUCAUCUCGAACACGAUCAGCAUGCCCAUCAAUCAUUGCCAGUAGAAUCCAAGUCUCAUCAUCAUCAGGCCACCAAUGCGCGCAGAUUCAUAACGCGCACCACGCGCUCCGCCAGUCGCCAGAGUUCCGCCGGACACUCUCCGCCCCCGCCGCUGCAUCGCAGUGACGACUCCUCCAGCAGUUCACCCUCACCCACCCGAAGACGGAAUAAGGCAGGUGGCGCCGCCACUGUCACUGAUCCACCAUCCUCGUCGGCGAACGGGAAUAGCUCCGCUUAUGAGACGGCAGCCACCACUGUGAUGACCCAUGACCAGCAGCGACAUCCUCCAGUUGAAGUUCCUAAGGCUCUGACCAACGAGCCCCAGCAACCCGAAGCCAUCAUCCUAGGAUCCUGCCCCACUGCAUCUGCCAACUCAGCAGCCAGCCAAAGUCGUGGAAAAGCUGGCAAAUGCAGUAUUAAUUGCACCUACAGCCACACCAGCAACAACAAUUGCAACGCGAGGCAACGCAACAGCAACAACAUCAUCAGCAGCAGCAGCAGCAACAACAAUACUAAACAGCAACACGCCACCACGCCCAUGCCGCCCCUAGCUAAUGCCAACAAAGCGCCGUUAAUUGUGCUUAAGACAGCGACAUCUGCAGCAGCAACAUCCAUUGCAACAGCAGCAGCAACAUCCAACGGCACGGCAGCAACAUCUGCUGCUGGCUCGCCCAUUAAGCGUCGCAAGAAUCCCCUGUCGCCGCUGCUCCUUGGCAGCCAGUGCCAGUCCACCAUUGCUCCACCGCAGGCCAUUGCCAGCCCGCUCCUUAGCGGCGGCAGCUGCUCCUCCUCGACCACCUCGCCCCAAUCCUCGCCAGCGGUUCGCACUACCAAGGCGAGCCGUCUGCGCGCCGCCGCGCUUGAUAAGAAGAAGGAAGAGGAGCAGCGCCAGAGAUACAGUUCGCCCGUAUCCCCGAGAAACUCCAGCAACGGAGGAGCCCUGACCCAUCGUCGUCUUAGCAACUCAGAACUAUCGCCCAAGUCACCAGGUGCCAGUGGAUUCAACUCAGAGCCAGCACCUUCAGCAACUACUGGUAGAAUCCCUUCGCGGUCUACAUCCCAGCCAGUGGACACACCACCCACACAGAGACGCCAGCCCUUGGUGGCCGUGAGUUCGGGAGUCUCCAUGAAGCAGAACCUCAGCGAACUGCACUUCACGGGCGGAGCCGUAAGUCCGCCCAAGGCUAAUGUGGAAUGCACUCUCAGGAUGCGACCACGUAGCUCCACGCUGAGUACGGAGAACACGGAGAAUGGCCGACGUGACCACUUGGCUAAUCUGCAAUUGAGUCCAGUGCAGAAGCACAAGAGAACGCCCGAGGUAUCACCACGUCGUAUGGGAGAUCGCGACAAGUCGGCCAAACGGAAAUCGAAUCUGAACCGUUCAUUGACCGAGGAAGCCACCAAGGAUGGCGAUGAGGUUGCCUCUUCAACUCGCCGACGCCGACGUCGUGAACUGGGAAUGGCUCGUCCUCUGGUUCCGGGGGAUGAUGAAGCUCUAAGGGAUUUGCUGCACACACCCCAAAAGAGUUCCUGCAGCGAAUCCACCACCUCAAUCUCAGAGCCCUAUCGUCAGUUUAUACCAGCCGUACGCCAUCCGGAGGUUCCAGUGCGCACCAUGACCGCUGUGCUGCCAGCUCCACGACCUAUACAUGCCCCAGUGGCCCGGAGUGUCAGCCAGAAGUUUAAUGAACGGACCAAGACUGAUCUCGCAGAGAUCAAGAAGAUUGCCGAGCAAUCUGAGGCGCUGCAACAACAGCCAGCGGUGGAUAACAGCCAGAAAAUGUCGGCCAUAAUGCGCAGGAAGAGCACGGAUGAGGGUGGAGCAGCUGGGGGACUGCCAAAUCAGAAUUCACCACCUGCCCCCAAUCAAAUUGUAUCCAUACUGAAGAAGAAGGAGCAUGGCCUGGGCGAAUGCAAUUCCAGUGCCUCAAGCAAUCCUUCGCCGGUGACCUUCUCCUCGAGUGUGGUGGAUCAUCCGUUGGCCGGAGCUAGCCGAUGCAAGCGGCAGGGAAUACUGAAGAAGCGAUCGAGCCUGGAUGAAUCCCGCUACUACUCCCGAUCCCAUUCCCCUGAUGAGCGGAGCAUUCUUAUUAAGUCAGCCAGAAGGAAUUCGCUGGAGGAAGCGGGCACUGGAUUGAGUCCAGCUCAGGCUCAUGGAAUCCUCAAGCAGAGCAGCUACGACAGCAGCAAGAGUGAUGGUUGCCCAUCGGCCACGGAGAGCCAGCCACAUAGUAUCCUGAAGAAAAAGGACUCGCUAUCCACACCCUCGGAUGGAGGAUGCCACAAGCAUGUUUCCAUUUCCCAAGCUGUUACCUUGGCUGCCGCUGAACUGGCCGCCCAUGAUGGAAUUACUUAUGAGGAUGGUGAAGAGCAUGAGAUUCGUCCCAUCCUGAAGCAGGAGAGCACCUCCAGCGAGGAAGCAGUGCGUCCGCCCAAGCCCAUACUCAAAAAGAAAUCCUUUGGCGAAGCGGAUGAGCAUGAGAUACGUCCCAUACUGAAGAGCUCUCGUAAGAGCAGUCGCGAGGAGUUCGAUUUGAGUGGUCUAGAAACGGAGGUCAAUGAUUCUCUGUCCUCAAUCCUAAAGACAGACUCGCCAUCGAAGCGUCGGUCCCUGGGUUCCGCUUCGCAAGAUUUGGAGGACUCCAACACGUCUCCCAGCCUGCUGAAGAGGCGUACCCGAUCUCUGGAACGUCAGGAUGUCCAGCCUGGUAUGGAUUUGGCAGCGGCACUGGAUGCCAUUGCCACCUCCCAGGCUGCCCCCAGUACUCCUGUGGAUUUUGUGACCACUCCAUCGAGCAUUUCGGUGGCAGAGCGGAUUAAGCGCAUGGAGAUGCUGUCCACGCCCACUUCCCGUGCGGCUGGUGGCCCAAACAGCAGUUGGGAGUCACCGCUGCAGGCAUCCACUUCGGAGCACGCAGGUCCCUCCACCCCAAGGGUACUCAAGCCCAGUGUCCUGCGCAGGGAUUUGCAGAGGGAGCGGUACAAGACCCAACCUGUGACCAACGAGGAGAUGAGCUUCUUCAAAGCCAACUCCGCGCCCUUCGACAUCUCGGCCUCGUCGGCCUUCAAGCCCACCAAACCGCUGGACAUUCGCUUGACCCACGCACCGCAGCCUCCUCUGAUUUCCCCAAUUACAGGACAACCACUAAGCCACGUGCCUGCCCCACUGCUGCUAUCCUCGUCGACGAACUCAGGAGCGGGAACCUCCUUCCGCCUGGCCCGCAGCUCCACCCAACCACUACAAUCGCCCCGAGUUGUCCACCUAGCCAGUCAGGCUACUGGUAGUGGUCCAUCCUCAUCACCGCAAUCCUCGCUGUUGGCACGACAAAAUUCGGCCAACGACAGCGUCAAUCUCAGUGAGCAGCUAACCCUAUCCAUCGGCACGGACAGUGAGCACAUCUUCGAGAUGUCCGCCUUGGAAGAGGAUUCGGCCAUCCAGUCGCUGAGCGAUGAGACAGCCGCUUCCGCAUCUGCAAACACAACCUCAACCACCGCCGCAUCCACCACAACACCACCAAGUGGCCUGACGCGGAGCAACAGCGUUCGAGCCAGGGCCAGUAUGUUCCAGCAAUUGCAGGAGCAGUCGCGCAAUCAACGGGCCACGGGAGCAUCCCGUCAAUCUCCACCUGCGUCGGCGGAAGUGUCCUCAAAUGCGGCCGACAACUCCAUGCAAAGCGAUGAGCUGUCCACGCCAAAUGCCACCACAGAUGCGGAAUUUGGAAAGCCCACCAACGAACCCCUUAAGAGCAUUCUUAAGAGCGGAAAACCUAUGCUGGGCAUAGGACGCGGCCUAAUGCCGGUGGAUCUCAAUGCCGAGCUGAAGAACCGCCUCAAACGCUCCACUCAUGCCACAGUUUCCAAUCUCCGUAAGUCUGCUACCACGGCAGAUGCCACUCGAGGAGGAGCUAGUGAUGAGACGGAGAAUCCGCAAAGGAAUUUAGCUCAGAUACUGAGGAAUGUGUCCAAGGAGAACACCACACCUAGGCAUGAUGAUGCCGUAAGUCUGGUGAGGAAUCUCUCCUCCUUGGGACAACCUCGACCGGUGAUCAGUCAAGAUGCAGCCGGGAAUUGUGCCUCGGCAUCGGAGGGCGAGAGUUCGGGGGGUCGCGAGAUCGAGGCUAUUAUCAAAAAUAGCGCUGUGGCCAGACGUCGCCGGCAGCAGCAACAGCAACAGCAGUCGCAGCAGCAGCAGCAGCAGCCACAUCAGCCAGAUGGCAAUAGCAGCAAUCUCGUUGCGAAAAGCAAAAGUCACUCGGGCAUCUCAGCACCCAUCGGCCUUGGCCCCCAGCUACCACCCCUACCCCUUGGCGGCGGCUUCGUGAAGUUGCGUCAUGUAGCCAAGGAGGAGGAGACCAGCAGCAGCAGCACAUCCUCCACUAAGGAAUCGCCUGAUAAGCAGAAGGAGUCCGCUCAGGAGCAGGAAGAAGCUUCGGGAGACUCAUCGAACCCAACGGCUCUGCCACAGUUUCUUCAAGGCGUCCAACGAUCAUCCACAGAGGUCAUGGGCCCCGAUCAGCGGUCUUUGGUGAUCGCGAAGACCGGCUCCAUCGCGGAGCGUUUGGCGGCGCUGCACAAGAGUGGCGAGGACGACUGGAAGAAGCGCAUCUCGAAGCGCGACGAAGUCGACGAUGUGCACCGCGAAAACUUCGUAAACGAAUCGCUAUCUUUGGCCCACUCGCUGUCGGACAAGCCACUGCCCCCCUCGCCUCUGAUACCCACCAGCUUGGAGGGCGGCAAGGUCUCUGAUCGCUUGAGCAAACUCAAGUGCAACUCGGAGAACUGGAAGCAGCGCAUCGAGCAAACCGAUGCCAAGAAGUUCACAGUCGCUGGCCGACUGCAAAAGAAGGCCCAAUCCCCCGUCGAGCUUCAGUUUGAACGUUCUGCCAACGAUGCGGCCAAGAAGUGUCCCAUGCUGGAGGUGCGCAGCGCCUAUCAGCCGCAACUGGGCCUGGCCAAGAGCCCCUCCAUGAUGGUCACCUCUACUACUAAUAGUAGUGCCACCAACAAGACCGCCCUCCGGAGUCUGAGUGUGAAUCCCGAGGAGGAGGCGCCCACCAGCCUGAGUCGCUCGAACAGCAGCAGCUCCGAAUCCGAUGGAGAACGCACUUCCCCUCAGAAUGCCAAGCAGAACAAAGAACUGGCUAAUACCAAGAGUGCUGCAGCUCCCACUAAUGUGGGCGCCAGGAUUCAAGUUCCCCGUCUGGAUGACAAGGAGACCUUCGAGAACUUCUUCGCCUCCAAGCCGAAAAAGGAGGAAAACGUAGAGCUGGAAAUCAGCGCCUUCGAUGACAUCAAGCCUACUGAGCGUUUGGUGAGCAAGCGCCACGUGCAAGGUCCCAAGGGACGGCGGGCCGCACGCAAUCCUCUCAAGAGUUUGGCCGCUCGUGCAGACAUUAGUUCCGAGUACACGGAAAUGAGGACAGGCAUAGCUGAACGGGAACUGCGGCGCCUCAAGCUGGAGUCAUAUGGUCAUAAUGCCAACCUUGCUGCAGAGGCCAUAGCCGGAUUAGCCUCCAUUGAGGACUUCAAGUCGGUAGCCCUGCGCUCCUCGUCGAUACCCCUGCAGCAGAUGUGGCUGCCUCACAAGCCUGUGAUGUUGCUCCAUGUCAAGGGACGCACACAUGUCCAAACCCGAUUGGUGGAACCCGUACACACCUCCCUGAAUCGGGGCGACUGCUUCAUCCUCGUCGCCGGGUCACAGCUUUUCCGUUAUGUUGGAUCAUUUGCCAAUGUAAUUGAGAUCUCUCGCAGCAAGAAGAUCUGCGCUGCCAUCGUAGAGAACAAAGAUCUCGGGUGCACAGCCAGCCAGGAGGUGAUCCUGACGGACGGCAAGUACUUGAAGGAGCGGCAGUGGCGCCAGUUCUGGCAGAUUUUGGGCAAAAAGGAGGAUGACCAGUCGGAAAUAGCCGAGUGUGGCCACGCGGACGAGGACGAUGUGUUCGAGAGCAGUCUGAUCGAAACCAACAAGAUCUACGAGUACCAGGAUGAGGCCCUCAUACCGAUGGAGAAGUUCUGGGGCUGCAUUCCUAAGGUAGACAUGUUGGACACGCGUAAGGUUUUGGUCUUUGACUUUGGCAGUGAGUUGUACGUGUGGAACGGCAAGAAUGCCCCAUCAGAUGCCAAGAGGGCCGCCAUGAGACUGGCCCAGGAACACUUUGGUGCUGAAGAUUCGGCCGAUUAUGCCGAAUGCUAUUUGAAUCCUUUGAACUACUCCUCCAUAGUGGGUCGCCGGGAGAAUGCCAAGUAUGCGAAGAGGACGGCUAAACGUCCCGAUUGGUGCGUUCUGGGCAAGAUCACCCAGAAUAUGGAGACGGUGCUGUUCAAGGAAAAGUUUAGCGACUGGCCAGAGCUGGAACGCGAGGAUCUGGAGAAGGAUUAUCUGUCGAAUGGCGUUCAUGUGGUGCGCGCCCUGAACGGAACCGCUUUGCACAAGGGAGAACCCUACCAGGAACCAAAUCUGGUGCUUGAACAGUCCAAUCUGGGUCGUGGCAAUUUCUACUAUGAUACGGAUACCAUGCGCCACUUCGAUGUGAUUACCAAGUCUACGGACAAGUGGCAGAUCCACGAGUUCAACUUUGAUGCGGCCAAUAACCGCGAGGACUACGGCCACUUCUACUCGGCUGAAAGCUACAUAGUGCGAUGGAUCUACCAGAUCUCGGUCACGGUGCGCGAGCUGAGUGGCAAGGUGUCAAACAGGAGCACAGUGGGGCGAGACAGGUGUGUGUAUUUCACCUGGCAGGGUCAGGAUUCCAGUGCCAACGAGAAGGGAGCAGCUGCACUGCUGACCGUGGAGCUGGACAAGGAGAAGGGCGCUCAAAUGAGGGUUUCCCAGGGUGAUGAGUGCACAGCCUUCGUCCGACUGUUCCGGCAAAUGUGGCAGCAUCGUGGACGCAAGGAGCAGUGCCUGGAGAGACGCAGCCAGUGGAGACUCUACCAACUGCAGGGAAACGUCAACGAGGAAACCCUCAUUAAGGAAGUGGACUGCCAGUCCAGUCAGUUGCGUUCCCGUGCCUCGAUGCUGUUGAUCCAUGGCAGCCAGGGAAAUGUGAUUGUCUGGCAUGGAUCGAAGAGUGCUCCUCACACGCGAGCUGUGGCCUUAGAGGCCGCUCAGGAUCUGAUCAAACAGGUGCCCAAGGAUCUCUUCAGCAGCGAAACUGCCACAUUAACUGAAACAGAGGAGGGUUCCGAGGAUGAGCAAUGCAAGAAAGCCUUGGGAUUAAAGGAGUCAAGGGAGGAUUACGGAAGCCUGCUAAAGGCCACCAAAUCGUUUGACUACCAAAUAAGGAUCUUCAACUUCUCCAGCACCCAGGGUGUUUUCAAAGCUCUGGAACUGAGCGAUCCCCUGCGCUGCCAGGAUCUGCGCAGUCCCUAUCCCUUCAGCCAGGCUCAGCUGUACAAUGCAAGACAGCCGACGAUCUUUUUGCUUGACGACGGCGAUGAGCUGUGGCUCUGGAUGGGAUGGUGGCCCCUGGAGGAUGUGAAGAUUAACACCGAUGAGCGAAGCAGUCCCACCAACGACAAUCGGGCUGGAGUAAAUCGCUGGAUCUCAGAGAGACGCGCUGCCCUCGAGACAGCCGUCGACUAUUGGCGUGCCAAGCACGGCGAGAACGAAAAGGAGCCCUUCCAUGGCAUCAAGGGCCAAGUGGUGUGGGCAGGCCUAGAGCCCCUGGCCUUCAAGGCACUAUUUCCCGACUGGACAGAACGUCCGGAUGUGAGGGAAAUCAAUGAAGAGGAUGGACGAACUGAUGUUUCCAUAACCAUCGGCACAAUGCUGGCACAAAUGACACAGACCGAGUAUCCGUUGGAGGUCCUGAAAGCACGUCCCUUGCCCGAAGGAGUGGAGCCUACCCGCCUGGAGGUCUACCUGAAUGCAGAGGACUUCCGGGCGGCUCUCGGCUGUAGUCGGGCGGAAUUCGAGCAGCUGCCAAUCUGGAAACAGACCAAGCUGAAGAAGGAGCGAGGGCUGUUCUAGGAGAGAGGCACAAUGCAAACUUAUAGACUUGAACACAAUCACAAAACACAAACCAAUCACUUUUCUAAGCACUUUUUGUAGGCGGCGAUGCUUUUGCAACGAACACAGACCGAUCUGAACUAUCGUAUUCUAUAGGCCUAUAUAGUAUAGCAUAUACACACGUGCGCAUAUCCCUAUGUACUCUCUAUUUACACAUAUUACAUAGCCUUUAUAUAUGUAACGACUAUUAUACAAGUGCACGAUGCAAGGCAAUAAAUUUCAACUCGCUUCAUUCGAUAGCUGUUCGCGGUUUGAAGUUCUUCGA